AUGGCAACCUUUAGCUCCACUCUCUUCCUGCUCCACAUAUCUAGCUGCUUUCUGCUUUCCUGCUGUUCGCCAGAUAUAUCGCCGGACAACGACGGCGGCGGCGGCGGAGGCCGGAAGGGUCUAGUUCCGGCACUGUUUAUUUUUGGCGAUUCUCUAAUAGAUAACGGUAACAAUAAUAAUUUGGCUUCGUUGGCCAAAGCCAACUAUUAUCCUUAUGGAAUUGAUUUUGCUGAUGGGCCCACCGGGAGGUUCUCCAAUGGCUACACUAUUGUUGAUGAGAUAGCUAGCCUCCUUGGUCUCCCGCUCAUACCGGCAUACUCUGAAGCCUCUGGCAAAGGACUUCUCCACGGCGUCAAUUAUGCCUCCGCCGCCGCCGGUAUCCUCGAUGACACCGGCCGGAAUUUUCUGGCACGUAUUCCAUUCAAUGAACAGAUCAAGAACUUCGAAUCCACCCUCAAUCAAAUCAGCACGAAUCUCAGCGUCGAUGCUGUCGGCCAAUCCAUUGCUGACUCCAUCCUAUACAUAGGAAUGGGAAGCAACGACUACCUCAACAACUAUCUCAUGCCAAACUACGACACUCGCAGCCGAUACAACCCAACCCAGUUCUCUGAUCUCCUAAUCCAACACUAUUAUCAUCAGCUGACUAGUUUGUACAAUCUUGGAGCAAGGAAAUUUGUGCUGGCUGGACUAGGAUCAUUAGGCUGUGUACCAAACAUUUUGGCUCUGAACAUGCUGCUUCAAUGCUCUGAGGAAAUAGAUAAAAGCCUUAUUUUGCCAUUCAACAGAAAAAUGAAGCUAAUGGUUGAUAGACUGAAUUACAAUUUUCCAAGUGCCAGAUUCACUUAUAUUGACAAUUAUCACAUGUUCAUGGACAUAAUUAACAACCCUGAAACAUAUGGUUUUCACGUGAUUAACAGUGGUUGCUGUGGAAUUGGGAGAAAUAAUGGGCAGUUAACUUGCUUGCCAUAUGAGACACCAUGUCCUAAUAGAGAGCAAUAUGUGUUUUGGGAUGCCUUUCAUCCGACGGAGAAGACAAAUGUUAUAAUGGCAAAAAAGGCGUUUCGUGGUGGUGAUGAUGUUGUGUAUCCUAUCAAUAUUGAGCAGCUUGUUAAUCUUAAGCUUAUUUAG